ACAUUUUAAAUGAGGACAACAUCUUGCGACUAAGUUUUAGCGAGUCGCUCAUUUCUUUGACUGGGCAUGUAACUUAUAACGUGAUUUUAUUUACCCGGAAAAUCGAAGAGGCAGAAAUGGAGAAUUUAUCGGAAGUCUUGUUCAAUAAUGAAACGAACGUAACAGUAGAGAUACCUUACGGUCUGACGUUUAACAACAACUCUUUAAGGGAGGUAAUAUUAUACACGUGUUUGUUCAUGAUUGCUGCAGGAGGAAAUCUGCCCGUGUUUGUCAGUCUCUUUAGAAACAGGCAGCGCAAGUCCCGGAUCAAGUUGAUGAUCCUCCACCUUACCAUAGCAGACAUGAUCGUCACCUUCUUCAUGAUUCCGCUGGAGAUAUUCUGGAGGAUCACUGUCGAGUGGGUGGGGGGAAAUGUCUUGUGCAAGAUAUCGCUGGUUAUACGGGCUUUCGGACCGUACCUUUCGUCCAUGGUGUUAGUUUGUAUAAGUGUUGACCGCUACUACGCUAUUCUCCAUCCUCUGAAAGUGACCGACGCCCAUCGAAGAAGCAAGAUCAUGUUAACCUUAGCUUGGGUGAUUAGUUUCAUCUGCAGCCUUCCCCAG